AUGGCUCAAGUAAAGGAAUCUAAACAAAUAUAUAAUCACCAUUCUAGCACAUAUGUAGAAGAAAAGAAAUUAUCCCAACCUGUAUCGGCAUCAGAUAAUCUCUCAAGCAGUGAAUUAGGUACUCAAGCAAGUCUUCUUCCCUCACGAUGUUCUUCCUUUUUGGAAUAUAAUUCAGAUAAAUACUACUCAAAUAAUAAUACCACUGGUGGGCAAAAUGUUGCGAGUGAAAUAGUUAAAGGUAAAAUAGCAGGUGAUAGAGGUGAUGUAACUGAAAUUUCUGUUAGGUCAUCUGUUGAUGCAGUUUAUGCUGUUGCCCAUACUGCUCCUAGCACUGCUGGAGAUAGAUCUACAUUUUCUGCAGAAAACUUUAGUAAAUUUUAUUAUAAAAUUCCCUUGACAAUAAAGUGCCUAAUGUUGUUAGUGGACACUUUGACAGUGUUAGUUAUGCAUAAUACUAUUUUUAAUCGUAAAAUGACGCAUGAAUUAUAA